AUGGCCGAUGAAUUGGCCAGAAUUCAGCAAUAUGAGUAUCGACAGAACUCAAACUUGGUCCUGUCAGUUGAUUACAAUCUUACGGACCGACGCGGACGUGAAGAGCCUACUGGUGAAGUUUUGCCACUGACUGAUAAAUUGAUGAAGACAAUGAAAAUGGGAGAUCGAGCGAUCAAGUCGAAAGCUCCCAUUCAAGAGCAAAAGAAAAAGAAGAAGAAGAAGGAUGAAGAUAAAUCUUUGAGAUUAGUCGCCAAAAAUGUUCUUGGAGAUAAUACAGAGCUCAUGGGAGCUUAUAAGCCAAGAACACAGGAAACGAAACAGACUUAUGAAGUGAUUUUGGCAUUUAUUCAAGAAGCCAUUGGUGAUCAGCCGCGUGAUAUUCUUUGCGGUGCCGCUGAUGAAGUGCUCAUCACGCUGAAAAGUGACAAGCUUCGUGAGAAGGAUAAGAGAAAGGAGGUCGAGCAGCUGUUGGGCUCCCUAACCGAUGAGCGAGUCGCGGUUUUGAUUAAUUUGGCGAAAAAAAUUACUGAUUUUUCGCUUGAUGAUGAUAACAAGAAUGAUAUGGAUGAGCUUGAUGAAAAUGAAGGAGUUAAUGUGCAAUUCGAUUCUGAUGAGGAAGAUGAGGAUGGGGUUGUUGAAGAAAUUAAGGGAGAAAGCGAUGAAAGUGAGGAGGAGGAAGGAGUUGAUACCGAUUUCACUGCAACUUUAAAAGGAGAUGGACAACUUGAAGAUGAAGAAAAAGCUAGAGGGAUACUUCAUCCCCGUGAUAUUGAUGCCCACUGGAUUCAAAGAUCCCUUGCGAAAUUUUACAAGGAUCCUUUGAUGGCUCAGCAGAAAGUGAAGGAAAUUAUCAAUAUUUUGAAAGAUGCUGCAGACGAUCGCGAAGCUGAGAAUCAGCUAGUUCUUCUCCUUGGAUUCGAUCAAUUCGACUUUAUUAAAAUCCUUCGCCAAAAUCGGUUGAUGGUCCUUUACUGCACUCUCCUUCGACAGGCAAGUGAUGAAGAGCGACAGAAAAUUGAGGAUGACAUGCGCAGCAAGCCGGAAUUGCACCAUAUUCUAACCAAAUUGCAAGAAACGGAGACUGAAGAUAUCGUUGAAACGGAGAAAGCGAAGCGGGAUAAGGAGCGAUCUAAGAAAGCUGCGGCGGCAGCAGCUGAAGAAGCCAUUAAUGCUGGGCAGUGGCAGGCGGGGAGAAAAAUGUUGGAUCUGGCUGAUCUCACAUUCUCGCAAGGUUCUCAUUUGAUGAGCAAUAAAAGGUGUGAAUUGCCUGAUGGUUCUUAUCGUAAACAGAAGAAGAGUUACGAAGAGAUUCACGUUCCCGCGCUUAAGCCGAAGCCAUUCGCUGAAGGCGAAAAGUUAAUUCCGAUCUCGGAGCUUCCCAAAUGGGCCCAGCCUGCUUUUGAUGGAUACAAGUCUUUGAAUCGGAUUCAGUCGAGAUUGUGCAAAAGUGCACUUCAUUCCGAUGAGCAUUUGUUGCUUUGUGCUCCCACGGGAGCUGGUAAAACGAAUGUCGCGCUUCUGACAAUUUUACAUGAAAUUGGAAAACAUUUGGACGAGGAGGGAAAGGUGAAGCAUGACGAGUUCAAAGUGAUCUACAUUGCCCCAAUGAAAUCGCUGGUACAGGAAAUGGUUGGAAGUUUCACUAAGAGGCUAGCUCCUUAUGGAAUUACGGUCGGAGAAAUGACUGGAGACGCACAAAUGAGCAAAGAGCAAUUUAUGGGAACACAGGUUAUCGUUUGUACACCGGAAAAGUAUGAUGUAGUGACAAGAAAAGGAGGAGAACGCGCCUACAGUACAAUGGUUCGGCUUUUAAUUAUUGAUGAAAUUCAUUUGCUUCAUGAUGAUCGAGGACCGGUACUUGAGUCAAUUGUUGUGCGUACAAUUCGUCAAAUGGAACAGAAUAAUGAUGAAUGCCGGCUUGUUGGAUUGUCAGCUACGCUUCCGAACUAUCAGGAUGUUGCCACGUUCCUUCGUGUGAAGGCUGAACACCUGUACUUCUUCGAUAACAGCUAUCGUCCAGUUCCCCUCGAGCAACAGUAUAUUGGAGUCACGGAGAAGAAGGCUUUGAAACGAUUCCAGGCGAUGAACGAAGUUGUUUAUGAUAAAAUCAUGGAGCAUGCUGGAAAGAGCCAGGUUUUGGUAUUCGUCCAUUCGAGAAAAGAAACCGCGAAGACGGCAAAAGCGAUUCGAGAUGCUUGCCUUGAAAAAGAUACCCUUUCGGCUUUCAUGAAAGAAGGAUCGGCGAGUACGGAGAUUUUGAGAACGGAAGCCGAGCCUGUGAAGAAUUUGGAUCUUAAGGAUCUCCUUCCUUAUGGAUUCGCGAUUCACCAUGCUGGAAUGAACCGAGUUGAUCGUACACUGGUGGAAGAUUUAUUUGCUGAUAGGCAUAUUCAAGUUCUUUUCUCAACGGCCACACUUGCAUGGGGAGUCAAUCUUCCUGCGCAUACCGUCAUCAUCAAGGGAACCCAAAUUUACAAUCCAGAAAAGGGAAGAUGGACAGAGCUUGGCGCGUUGGAUAUCAUGCAGAUGCUUGGACGUGCCGGACGUCCGCAGUAUGAUUCGAAAGGAGAAGGAAUCUUGAUCACGAACCACUCGGAGCUUCAAUAUUAUCUAUCGUUGAUGAAUCAGCAACUUCCUGUGGAGAGUCAAAUGAUUUCGAGACUUACUGAUAUGUUGAAUGCCGAAAUUGUGUUGGGCACAGUGAGCAGUGUGAGCGAGGCUACGAACUGGUUGGGAUAUACGUACCUGUAUGUCAGAAUGCUGAAGAACCCGACACUUUACGGAAUUACGCAUGAGCAAGCGAAAGCCGAUCCACUUUUGGAGCAACGACGGGCGGAUUUGAUUCAUACAGCUUGCACUCUUCUGGACAAGGCCAAAUUGGUGAAUUAUGAUAAGCGAAGCGGACUGAUUCAAGCUACCGAACUUGGGAGAAUUGCUUCUCAUUAUUACUGCACUUACGAAUCGAUUCAAACUUACAACAAAUUGCUUGUUGAAACUUGCUCCGAUAUUGAUUUGUUCCGAAUUUUCUCGAUGAGCUCAGAAUUCAAACUGUUGUCGGUUCGCGAGGAGGAGAAAUUGGAAUUGCAGAAGCUCGCUGAGCAUGCGCCAAUUCCUAUUAAGGAGAGCUUGGAGGAGGCAUCGGCGAAGACGAAUGUGCUCCUACAGGCUUACAUCUCGCAGCUGAAACUUGAAGGAUUCGCUCUUCAAGCUGAUAUGGUUUUUGUCGCGCAAUCGGCUGGACGUCUCUUCCGCGCUUUGUUCGAAAUCGUUCUUUGGAGAGGAUGGGCUGGACUUGCGUUGAAAGUAUUGACGCUUUGCAAAAUGGUCACUCAACGACAAUGGGGAUCAUUGAACCCACUGCAUCAAUUCAAGAAAAUUCCGAGCGAAGUGGUCCGUUCUAUCGAUAAGAAGAAUUAUUCGUUUGAUAGAUUAUAUGAUUUGGAUCAACACCAGCUCGGAGACCUCAUCAAAAUGCCAAAAAUGGGAAAGCCAUUGUAUAAGUUUAUUAGACAAUUCCCGAAGUUGGAAAUGACUACUUUGAUUCAACCGAUUACGAGGACUACAAUGAGAAUCGAGCUCUCGAUUACACCGGACUUCCAGUGGGAUGAAAAAGUUCAUGGAAAUGCUGAAGGAUUCUGGAUCUUUGUUGAGGAUACUGAUGGCGAGAAGAUUCUUCAUCAUGAGUUCUUCUUGUUGAAGCAAAAGUUCGCGACGGACGAGCAUGUUGUCAAGAUGAUUGUUCCGAUGUUUGACCCAAUGCCGCCGCUUUACUUUGUUAGAAUUGUUUCGGACCGCUGGAUUGGAUCGGAGACUGUGCUUCCGGUGUCGUUCCGACACUUGAUACUUCCCGAGAAGUACCCGCCUCCAACUGAGUUGCUUGACUUGCAGCCGCUUCCGAUAUCGGCUGUUAACAAUAAGGCACACAUGAAGGUUUUUAUGGACAAGGAGAUCAAAGUGUUCAAUGCAAUUCAGACUCAAGUCUUCCGUACGGUCUAUGAAAGUAAUGAGAAUGUAAUUGUAUGCGCUCCAAAUGGAUCUGGAAAGACUGCGAUCGCUGAACUCGCCAUUUUGCGAUUCUUUGAGAAUACACCAGAAUCGAAAUGUGUCUAUGUGACACCAAUGGAGGAUAUGGCUAUUAAGGUGUUUGCUGAUUGGCAGCAGAGGAUUGAACCAGUUAUCGAUCAGCAGGUCGUCAUGCUCACUGGAGAGCCGUCCACGGAUUUGAAGCUUCUUCAGCGAGGAAAAUUGAUUAUUGCGACGCCGGAGAGAUGGGACAAUGUUUCGAGACGUUGGAAACAGAGGAAGAAUGUGCAAGCUGUAAAGCUUUUCAUUACUGAUGAUUUGCAUAUGAUUGGAGCUGGCAAUGGACCGGUUUUGGAGGUUGUCUGCUCGAGAAUGCGCUAUAUUUCGGCACAAUUAGAGUCGGCGAUUCGAAUUGUCGCCCUUUCAUCAUCAUUGACGAAUGCGAGAGAUCUUGGAAUGUGGCUGGGAUGCUCGGCUUCUUCGACGUUCAACUUCCUUCCCGUCACAAGACCAAUUCCUUUGGAAUUGGAGAUCAAGGGAUUCAACCUCUCGCAUAAUGCGUCGAGAUUCGCUGCCAUGGAACGCCCCGUUUAUCAGUCAAUUGUUAGACAUGCUGGAAAACUCCGACCGAAACCAGCUCUUGUCUUCGUGCCGGUUCGUCGCCAAGCGCGACCAACUGCUGUUGGAAUUCUCACGAUGGCGUUAGCGGAUGGCGCUUCGAAAAGAUUCUUGCACAUCAAUGAACAAGAUGAGACUUUUGUCUCGUUGCUCGGAAUGAUUGAAGACGAAACUCUGAAGGAGACCCUCUCCUUUGGUGUUGGAUUCCUUCAUGAAGGAACCUCGGCCAAAGAUAUGAAUAUUGUUGAGCAACUGUUCACCAGUGGAGCAAUUCAAGUUUGCGUGGUCCCAAGAGGAAUGUGCUAUCAGAUUAAUAUGAGCGCGUAUCUUGUGGUUAUCAUGGACACGCAGUUCUACAAUGGAAAGUAUCAUGUAUAUGAGGAUUAUCCGAUCGGUGAUAUGCUGCAUAUGGUGGGACUCGCGAAUCGGCCGACGGUUGACACCGAAGCAAAAUGUGUUGUUAUGUGUCAAUCAUCGAAAAAGGCCUACUUCAAGAAGUUCCUGUUCGAUCCGCUUCCAGUUGAAUCCCAUCUUGACCACUGCCUUCAUGAUCACUUCAAUGCGGAAAUUGUGACGAAAACCAUCGAAAAUAAGCAGGAUGCGAUUGAUUACCUCACUUGGACCCUAUUGUAUCGUCGAAUGACGCAAAAUCCGAACUACUACAAUUUACAAGGGGUGUCUCAUCGGCAUUUGUCCGACGCGCUCUCGGAACUUGUUGAGAAUACGCUGAAAGAUUUGGAGAAUAGCAAAUGCAUUGCUAUCAAGGACGAUAUGGAUACGGUGUCGCUGAAUUUGGGAAUGAUUGCUGCUUACUAUUAUAUAUCGUAUACCACUAUUGAACUUUUCUCAAUGUCCCUGCAAUCGAAAACGAAAAUGCGUGCGCUUGUGGAGAUUAUCUCGAAUGCUAGCGAGUUCUCGAAUGUUCCGAUGCGUCACAAAGAGGACAUUGUGCUUAAGCAGCUCGCUGAUCGUCUGCCUGGACAGUUGAAGAACCAGAAAUUCACUGAUCCGCAUGUCAAGGUCAACCUUCUUAUUCAUGCACAUCUUUCAAGAAUUAAACUCACGGCUGAGCUUAAUAAGGAUACGGAAUUGAUUGUUCUGAAGGCUAUUCGAUUGGUACAAGCUUGUGUUGAUGUCCUUUCCAGUAACGGAUGGUUGUCUCCUGCUAUUCACGCUAUGGAGCUGUCGCAGAUGCUCACACAGGCAAUGUACAGCAAUGAACCGUAUUUGAAACAGCUUCCGCAUUGCACCCAAUCACUUUUGGAUCGAGCGAAGGAAAAGAAGGUGGAGUCGGUCUUCGAGCUGCUUGAACUGGAGAAUGACGAUCGAAUGGAGAUUCUUGGAAUGGAGGGCGCUCAACUAGCUGAUGUGGCCAAAUUCUGCAAUAACUAUCCGUCCAUUGAAGUGGAGCAUGAGCUGGAAAGCUCGGCAGUUGCUGUAAACGAUUCCGUUGUUGUCAAUGUUUCUAUGGAGCGUGAUAAUGAUAUUGAUGGUCUUGCUCCUCCAGUUGUUGCCCCAUUGUUCCCGCAGAAGAGGAAAGAGGAAGGAUGGUGGCUUGUUAUUGGAGAUGUGGAAUCCAAUACACUUCAUUCUAUUAAACGCUUGAUUAUUAAUGAGAAGGCUGCCAUGAAAAUGGACUUUACCGCGUCGAAGCCUGGCAAACACACCUACAAAUUGUACUUUAUCUCGGACUCAUAUUUGGGAGCAGAUCAGGAAUUCGACUUCACUUUCAAGGUUGAAGAAUCUGGAAGAUCUCGCAAAAGGAAGCAUGAAAAAGAUGAUAACUAA